GCUGAGCACCUGUCGUAUUUAUUUUCAGAAUGGAGAUUUCUCAGUCAGUCUCAGAGAUUAAAGAACUGAAAACCACAAAAUACGAAGAUAUUAGUGAGGCUGCUAGAGAUUCGUCUAAUGGUGGAAAGGAAAAGACAGCAAGAGAGACAACUCUUCAGCGAACUCAACGUAGGCGCAAUCGUAAAAAACUGGUAGCUGCGGAUUCAAGAAAUCAAGAUAUCGCAAAUGUAGAGCAGGAAAGCACAGAAAAUCUGACUGAAGUUGUCUUGACCCCUGCUCUUUUGGCACAGACAACAGUGACAUUUAAAGAGCUGGAGGUUCGUCCAAUUUGCGAGGGCAAAAUCUACGUACAAAGAGACCAUAACUUCAUACCUGUCAGUCAGGACGUUUUUUUCUUGUCUUCGACGCAAAAUCUUCUCGACCAGACAAAUACAGUUUUGUAUUCCGCAGAGACUAUCGCAGUGGAAUAUCAAAAGAGAUUUAUACCAUUCGCAUCAUUUUGCCAUGGACUUUUAGCUGGAAUGGCUUUUUGGCAUAUGAUUAUGGUUGACGGGGAAAAUUUUCACAAGUCAGAAGUAGGAAUCAACAAAGAGCGUAUUUUCCAAAUAACGUUUUAUAUUUUUUCAACAAUAUCUACCGUUUCAGUACUGGACUGGUGCAUUCCAAACAGCGCAUUGACAUUAAAAGAUCUCCAAAAACACUUGGCCAACAACCCAGUGAGUCUAUUUGCCCUUUUUGCUUGCAUCGGAGCCCACCUGACAUGGGGCCUCUCAGCAAAAUUAGACGACAUGACAGCGUUUCGGCUGAAUAAUGGAACCACACUACUGCAGUUAUCAAUGGAAAAUUUUAAUGAACUACAAGUCGAUUGGAACUCAUUGAACUUGACACGCUGCAUUCUGGUCAUUAUAGGAUUUUUCCUCACCGCUAUUUCUAGAUUAAACAAGUAACUGACUGGACUGUAAAAUGUUUAAAUCUCUUUUUAUUAUUUUGUAUCUUUUAUUAUCAGACUGCUUAUGUAUCACUUUUAAGAAGGACGGUGCAAUUCGUAUUUUGAUUGCUAGCACAAAAAUAAUCCUGUAUGUUUUGUAACUUAUAAAUAAUGUGCAUCGGUGUGCAAAUAAUACCAAAUCCGAGAAAAUGUCGAGAUCAGGGUGAACCUGGCAAACAUAAUUUAAUUUUAAUGAAAUUUGUAAAAAAAAAAAAAAAAAAUUAAAAAAGAACUGCAACAUUUCCACCUUGUUGAUUUCGGCCUUAGCCCUGGGACCGAGAGCAAUCAUCUUGGUAGGAGGGUUGGUCGGUUAGUCCACAUCAAAUCUCAA